GUGGGUCCAAGCAUCUGACCUUGCUUGGCACCGUGUUUACGGAAGUGAGUCUGAUGAAUGAACACUACAUUAUCGUCCGUGUCUAUGUGAAAUGUAGAAAAACUGUCACGUAUAGAUAAUUUUUCUCAUUUAGAAUAGUAGCUACUGUCAUAUGUCUAAGGAUGAAGCUAGCUAGGCCACAAAAACAGUAGCUAGCAGCCAAAAAACGUCAACGUCGCAACAUCUCAGAAGCAAGAGGUUCUCAAUUACAGGUAGACCUGACUAGACCUCUCUCCAACCAGACCUCUCUCACCAUGUGGGACCAGGAGAUCAGACAGAUGGCGUCCAGCCACGCCAUCAUGGCGUCAGGGGUGUUUAUGGCGACAGUGGUGCCAGCGGUGCUAGUGCCAGGUUUCUCUGUGUACGGGACACACCUGCUGUGGCUGUACUCUGUUGCCGGGGCCGUUGCCGUGGUCAACAUCACCCUGUUCUGGCUGCUGGGGGUCAGCUCUCCCACCAAGAAACACACUAUCACCUACAAGGUGUCUAGGUUGGUACGUUCCUGUCUCUACCUGCUCCUCUCCUGUCUGUCCUUCCACACUGUAGUGAUCCUGUAUGGAGCACCGCUACUGGAGACUGCGUUGGAGACGUUCUCUCUGGCGGUGUUGUUGACCAGUCUGACCACUCUGAGGUGUGUCUGUGUCCUUGGGCCCAACGUCCAGGCUUGGAUAAGAGUGUUCAGCCGACAUGGGGCCAUGUCGGUGUGGGACACCUCUCUACAGAUGGUGGUCGGCUGCAGUGUUGUCGGAGCCUGGCUAGGAGCCUUCCCCAUCCCAUUGGACUGGGACCGGCCCUGGCAGGUGUGGCCCGUCUCCUGCAGUCUGGGUGCAGUGAUUGGCUACCUGACUGGGCUAGUCGCCGCUCCCGCCUGGAUCCACUGGCACCGCAAACACCUCACCUACAAGAUCAAGUGAUGGACUGGGGAGAGAGUGAGGAAGUGAUGGACUGGGGAGAAAGUGAGUGAGGAAGUGAUGGACUGGGGAGAGAGUGAGUGAGGAAGUGAUGGACUGGGGAGAGAGUGAGUGAGGAAGUGAUGGACUGGGGAGAGAGUGAGUGAGGAAGUGAUGGACUGGGGAGAGAGUGAGUGAGGAGGUGAUGGACUGGGGAGAGAGUGAGUGAGGAAGUGAUGGACUGGGGAGAGAGUGAGUGAGGAAGUGAUGGACUGGGGAGAGAGUGAGUGAGGAAGUGAUGGACUGGGGAGAGAGUGUGCGUUUCUGUACGUGCAUAUGGUUUAUAUGUCAGUCCUCCAGGCAGCUGACUAAUUAUCCCUGUAGUAAUCCUGCUGUAUUCCAUUGGUAUCUGAAUAUGUACUGGACUGUUGGAGUGAACAGAUUCUCUCCUGUAUGUUGCCUAAAAAAGAUUCCAGACUUCCCCCUUUUGACAAAUAAAGUCUUAGUUCUCUACAGA